AUGGCAUUCGGCAAUCGUGGUGGUGGACGAGGUGGUUUCCGUGGAGGCCGUGGCGGUGGCCGUGGUGGUUUCCAAGGUGCAUCUCAAGGUCCUCCAGAUCAAGUUAUUCCUAUGGGCUCGUUCAUGCAUGCUUGCGAGGGAGAAAUGGUCUGCAAAUCGAUUAAUCCCAAGAUUCCUUACUUCAAUGCACCUAUCUAUCUCGAGAACAAGUCGCAAAUCGGCAAGGUGGAUGAGAUUCUUGGUCCCAUGAACGAAGUUUAUUUCACCGUCAAGAUGGAUCAAGGUAUGGUCGCCACUUCAUUCAAGCCCGAUGAUAAGGUGUACAUCAGCACUGAUCGCCUAUUGCCUUUGGAACGUUUCCUUCCUAAGCCUAAGGCUCUCAAUCAAGCUGGCAAGGCUACUGGUCUUCAAGGAAAGGUUGAAAAGAAGUCUGGUCGUGGCGGAUUUGGUGGCCGUGGUGGUGGCCGUGGAGGUCGUGGUGGCAGCCGUGGUGGCAGCCGUGGCGGCUUUGGUGGUCGCGGUGGAUUUGGCGGUAACCGUGGUGGAUUUGGCGGUGGCCGUGGUGGUGGCAGUCGUGGCGGUUUCCGUGGCCGUGGCGGUUUCCGAUAA